AUGUCGCUGAAUAUCUAUAUCGCUCUGACAGGGGAGCGUCUGGUUGCAGAUCCGGUUUCGUUUGCCUCACCGGACGCCCUGCGAUCAUGGAUCUCUCGAAAUACACCUAUACCAGCCCAGCGGCAGAUUUUGAUGACUGCCCGUGGUAGAAAUGUUAAAGCCCAAACACUAGCAACAGAGACCGAGAUAUUUGUCUUCGACCGACGGUAUAUCGGUGAACCAGGAAACUACGAGAUCGCCGAAACACCCCUUCCGCAGUCGUUCCGACCGGAGACUCCUCCGGAUACGCUGGCCGAUCAGAAUGACCUGCAAGCAUGGCGAAACCUUUACAUGUCUCGAAGGAACUGGGCAUUGAAUCUUUCCGAACGUUGUGAGCAGCUUGCCACAGGUGCCUGGGAACAAAACGAGCGGACUGCAGUUAUAAACCGAGCGGUUGGAGUCGCCUUGGAAAAUCUGAAAUCCCACGUGGGCAGCUUGGAAAGCCGUUUUCAGGAGGCACAGGCGUGGGCGGAUAAUUUGGUGAAGGAACAAAAGGCAGCUCUGGACGGUUGGCAACGGGCGCUGGGAGCCCUGGACACGAUUGCUGCCCGGAAGGACUUUGCUUUCCUAGGACGGCCUUCGACGCCUAGGAAUGACAACGAUGCAUCGACGGGGACGCUGAGGGACUUUGUGGACGUAGGUGAUGUUUAUCGAGCCGGGGAUGAGGCUGCCUCUGUGCUACCUCGAUUUACGCAAGAGGUUGGUGAGAUUGAAAAGGGCGUGACAGAUAUUGUAUCGGACACGCAGAAAUUGCUGGAUGAAACACUCCCUCCGGUCGUGGAUGGGAUUGAUGGACUUCUUGAAGAGGUCGAAACCAUCACGAAGAAGAUCAGUUCCGACUAUGAACAUGUUCUCGGGCUGCCCAACAAUCAGAAGGCGCUGGCUAAUGCAUCGAGGCUUGCCUUAAGUCAUACCAAGGACCUUCUCCCAUCACUCCGAGAUAUAAGCGUCGAACUGCAGGCCGGAGGUAUCGAGGCUGUUCAGCGACGCAACGCCGCUGUGAGAAUAUCGCUAAGCCACAUGCGAGCCAUCUCAUUAAUUGAGUCGCGUUUGGCGGACGUCCAGGCCCAAUUAAUCAACCUCGAUAUCAACAGUGACUCGUUUGACGCAAUAUACGUUGUUUUUCACAUGCCAAUGGUGUACGGGUCGAUCUUGAUUGAAUCUGUACGUCGGCGAGAAUGGAAUACCAAGAUGAAGAACGACUCUGCAGCGUUGGCAGAGGAAAUGGCUGUCCUGCGGGACGAAGAGCAGCGUCGGAGAAAGAAAUGGUUGAAGAAUAUGGGUGAAUUUGUCUCGCUGCCCGAUUCCACAACUCUGAGCAUCGAGGUCAAUCUACAGGGACAGGAGCCCGAAUGGCCCGAGGUGUCUCGGAAGGAGGUAGAGGCCUAUAUCGAAGAUAUCAAAACCAAACCAGGCAUGGAUACUUUGGCUGAAGAGCUAUCCCAACUCUACAAGGAACUGGAUGCUCCAACCCGCCAACAGCGGCGCAGAGCCAAAGCCUUCAAGCAAGGUAGCGUUUUUGACAUGAGCCGAAGUUCUUUGCUUCUUAGAGGCGACGACAUGAUCCGAAGUCUGCAAGAAGAAAAGUCCAAACUGGAAGAACGUCUCAAGGGCUCCGACAGCCGUGUUCGCAAAUUGGAAGAUCUCCUCCACCGCCAGAGUCAACUGGGACGACCUGUAAGCGGGAAUUUCGGGAUCGACUUUCCUACCUCGCCAGCUUCACCUCUUCCCGACCCCCUUUCGAGGAGAUCCUCUGUCUCAUCGAGACGGAUGUCCUCCAACCAGUCUCCAGAAGACAAGGCCCUUGUUCAACGCAUUGCUCAGCUCGAAGCCGAGCUGGCCACCGAGAAAGAGACUGUGCAACGAAUGCAGAAGGAAGCCCACGCGGAACGCCAGUCCAACACAGAUAAGUUCCAGGAAGCACAGUCCACCAAGAAGGAUCUCAUGGAGAACCUCGAAGCUCGCCAGCAAGAGUUCGAUGUCGAGCGCAGGUUUCUGGAAGGAGAAGUCAAGAAGUACCGGCUCCGUGUCGAGGAAGUCGAGGAGGAACUCGACAGAACGAUGGAUGGCCACCAACAAGAACGACAGGAGACCGAGGAACAGAUCCGUAACCUGGAGAACGAACUGCAUGACGCCCGUAACGAGGUCGCGGAAGAGACCGAGAAGUUGACCAAUUUGAAUGAGGAAGUCAAUUCCCACAAGGCGGACAAAAUUCAUUUGCAAUCUAGGAUCGACGAAUUAGAAAAACAUGAAAAGGAACUGGCAAGGAAAGACCAGGAAAAUCUCAGUUCUUUACAGGCUAUCUACGUGAGCUUGUCUCCGGGAGGCUCUGCGCCGGCCGAUCAUGCUAGUCUUAUCAAAGCGAUCGAGGUGAUUUCCGAAGGCCUAUCGAUCCAUGUCAAGACUACAGAAGAGAAUCUGGCCAAGGCGCUCGCCGAAGGAAAAGAAUUCGAGGAACGUGUGUCCCAGAUGGAAGCCGCCGCGACUCAAGCCGAGAAGACCGUGACCGAGCGUGACGCCGAAAAUACCCAACUGAAGGCUGAGCUGGCCCAGGAGCAAUCCGUUUUGUCUACCGUCACGGCCGCAUUGAACGAGGAACGGUCGAGACUGAGUACCCUACAGUCUCAACUUGCCGCUGGCGAGACCGGUUCCGAUGCCCUCCGAGAACGUGUCGCUGAAGAACAACAGAAGCUGGCAGACCUGUGCGAGAGACUCUCAGAUGUCGAGUCGCAGGCCCGCCAAUCUGAAGCGGAGGUUUCUGCGUGGAAGGACAAAGUGAUCGCCCUGUCUGAAUCUGAGCAGCAAACCGCGGCUCUGAUGAGGGCGCGUGGCCUGCGGUCCGAGGACCUUUCCAAACAACUUCUGACGCAAGUGGAAAAGCUGGUACGGAUGCUCGAGCAGCUCGGAUUCACUGUUACACGGCAGGAUAACGUCAUCUCCGUUCAGAGGACAUCGAAAGUCAACGCUGCUUCUUCGACCUUGGGCGAGAGCAUGACACAAUCGACUGCAACCUCCGUGAAACCCGAUGCCGACCUCUUGAAUUGGGUCCGGGCACGAGACGCCGAGGAAGAAGCGACCAAGUUUGCGGCUUUUAUGGAGUGUCUCUCCCAGUUCGACGUGGAUACGUUCGGGGAGGCGGUGGUGAAACGGGUCAAGGACAUUGAGCUGCUUGCCCGGAAGUGGCAGAAAGAAGCGCGCGGUUACCGGGACAAGUAUCACCGCGCGCAGAGCGAGGCGCAUGAGAAGAUUGCCUAUCGCUCGUUCAAAGAAGGGGAUCUGGCCCUGUUCCUGCCAACUCGCAACCAGGCAAUCCGGUCAUGGGCGGCAUUCAACGUCGGUGCUCCGCAUUACUUCCUGCGCGAGCAGGACGUGCACAAGCUCUCGGCCCGGGACUGGCUGCUGGCACGGAUCACGAAGAUUGAAGAGCGUGUAGUCGAUCUCUCCAGGUCGAUGAGCGUCGCCACGAAUGCCGACCGGCGCUCGGUUGGCGGGAUCAGCGAUACCACUUCUUUCGACGAGGAGAACCCCUUUGAACUCUCCGACGGCCUGCGCUGGUACCUUGUCGAGGCGACGGAGGAGAAGAUCGGCGCGCCCACGACGCCGGGCCUAAGCAAAACAACGGUGGCCUCGGCGAAUGUCGACGUCCGGGGCAGCAUCCGCCUGAAACGGGCGGCGAACGGGGGUACCGUCGCGAAGACACUGACGCGCAGCCUGGACAGCCGCCGCAACAGCUCCACAUCGAAGAGAGGCCCGUCAACGCCCAACCCGCCGUCAUUACCAGCCGGGGAGUCGUCGGGGGGAGGAGAUCGAGUACGACCGGCCCCGGCGGAUGCUGCCACCUCAGCCUCCCAGCUCCGUGAGACGGCCCCGAUCUUCGACGAGGUUCGCAGAGAUCUUCUAAUGGGCCCUUGA